UUUAAUUUUUUUAGGACGUUAGAAUGCUUAGAAGUUUGGAAGCAAAUCUUAAAAUUUUUCAGAAAAUUGCCAAAACCCACUUAUUUUUUAUUUUUAUUUUUUUUAUUUUUUCCCCCUUUAAUACUGGUCCCCAGAUAUAGGAGGGAGUGCUCUGGCAAACCUGCCGUACUUGUAAAAAUUAUAGAUAAAUAGUAAAAUAGAGCUAAACCCCAUGGAUUAAAGCGCAGCGUAGUCGCUGGAUUGACUUAGAACUUCAUGUUUAAAGUCAUCUCGAUCGAAGUUAGACCCUACUGCAAUUGACAAUGGAUCAGACAGAUGUACAUGGGUCCUCAGAUCUUUUAAUGCUUCGUGACCCUCUAGAGGCGAAGUAAGGUUGAGGUAGCGUCCUGAAGCUUGAAUCUUCUUUGGUAUCAUGCCUGACCCUGUCGCUCCUAAGUAGUAGCUGCUCGGCUGGGCUAUAAUUACGUACAUACCAGACGAAACAAGGGGAGAUGUGGCAUAAAGAUUUUGAGUGUAAGGGUUCAUGUAAUAGGUUUGAUUGUUGAAUAAUACAGGAGUAUACAGUGUAUCGUUGGCCCACGGGAGCAGUUCCACCGGCACGGGCUGACAUUCCCAAUACAAUACUAAGCCCUUGUUUACCACCCCAAUAAUGUUUUUUAUCCCAAGUAUUUGCCGGGCAAAUGCAGACAUGUUGUUUAAAGGUUGACUCAAUAAAGAAGUUAGUAACAGGUGUACCAUAUGUGUGGUGUCGUUCAAAACGCGGAGUAAAAGCCUUUGUUUAUCAUUAGUAUAUUUCUGUUCUGUAUCGUGUUUUGUACGGAUUCGGCAUUAGACUUUGAACUUGUCAUCUCGGAAAAGGAAAUUUUUAUCUAAAGGGUAUGAGGCAUGGAGGGUGUCAAUCAUCACAUGACGAGGGUUAUAGAAUAACUUUCCAAUAACCUCCUAGCUUCUCAUACUCGUCGUUAAUCACGGGCGGAACAAAGGUAAUCUCCGUGCCGGAGGAUAAUACACAAACCCCCGAGGUCAAAUCUGUAGGAGAGCAGACUGAGCAGUCAUCAAAGGAGCAAUAGAGCCUCGUUGGAUAAGGUAGAAAGCUAACGGUGGCUUCAGUGGUAGGUCUCUGGCAGACAAGCUGUGAGUCAGUGCGGACUCUUCUGUCCAGUAGUCACUUUCCUGUCAUCAACAAGUGGCUGACCUGCAGCAUGGCUGGGAUCAAUGUGCUGCUCUUCUCUCUGGUCAUAGGGCUGGGUGCCUAUUACUUUUACAGCUCGGAGAGCAUAUCUCCAGAAAUGGUAAAAGGGAAGAGAGUACUAGUGACUGGAUCAAGUACUGGGAUCGGAGAACAGAUUGCAUAUAAAUUUGCAGAAAUGGGGGCUCAUGUGAUGCUCACCGCCAGAAGAGCUAAACAACUAGAGGAGGUGGCAAAAAAAUGUCUGACACUGGGGGCAGGAUCAGCCCAUUACAUGGUGUCUGAUAUGGGGAAUUUGACCUCGGCUCAGAAUGUGGCCCAAGAAGCAAUCACAAAACUUGGUGGUCUGGAUUAUCUGGUUUUGAAUCAUAUUAGAGGAAGUGGGUCAUUUGGAUCUUUUAAUGGUGACAUGGAUGAUGUGCUGAGUACCAACAAUGUCAAUUUUCUCAGUUACAUCCAGCUGACGUCUACAGCACUGAAGGCACUACUAGAUUCCCAAGGGAGCAUCGUUGUUAUGUCCUCUCUGAGUGGACGUAUUGGGGCACCAUUUACAACAAGUUACUGUGCAACCAAGUUCGCACUGGAAGGCUUCUACAGUUCCCUCCGCAGAGAAUUUGAUCUCAACAAGAAUAAUGUAUCUGUCACUAUGGCUGUCCUGGGAUUUAUUGAUACAGAGAGUGCUCUGCGUAAAGUAGGUGACAAAGUGACCAUGUCAGCAUCACCCAAAGAGAUAUGCGCUGAUGAGGUGGUAAAAGCAGCCGUCUUACGGAAACCAGAAGUGUUUUAUCCUUUCUGGGGUAUUAAACCAUUUGUGAUGUUGCGAGAUUGGACUCCAACUCUGAUUAGCUAUAUACUGGAUAAAUUCUAUGUGCUAGAAAAUAUUCAGUGAACAACCUGAAUCAAUAAAACACUGAAAUUUG